UAUUUUCAACCGUAAUAAGUUUCAAAGUAGUGUAUUGUAAUUCAUAGAUGAUGUCUUCUAAAAAAAGUUCUAGAAUUUAUCAUUACCAAGAAAAGUGGGAAAAAGAAAGCUGGGCAAAAGGAUGGCUUGUCAAAGCCGAACCAAUACCAGUGAACGGAAAUCAGGCAUGGUGUAAAGUAUGUACGAAAGAUUUCAGAGCACAUGCAACCGAUCUGAAAAAACAUGCAAAUACACCAACACAUUCGACAUUAAUGGAUUCCAUCCACCCGAGUAAACAAAAAACGAUUGUGUCGAUGAAUAGCGUCGCAACAAGUAAUUCCAAGAACGACAAGAUUCGCGACAUAACAAUUGCGGCCUUUAUCGCCUGCCACGCUUCAUUUAGAACGAUGGAUCAUCUUUGCGAUGUUCUUAAAGCAACGGUUCCAGGGAUGUCUGAUUUUAANACGCUGUUGUGGAAAGGGCAUUUUCGAUCAUGA